UUGUUAAACAAACCAGACGACGAAGACGAAUCAGAUAUUGCAACGUUUGUUGGUUAUGGUCAUCAAAUAAUGUGAUAAAUAGACAUGUAUUAGUUUUCUUAUUUUUAAUAUUGAUCACAAAUUGGCAAUGUUUAUAGGAAAAAUGUUUUUUAGAAUACAUCGUUUUUUGUUUUGUACUGUACUUUUUAUUCAAAUUUGUUUUCUAAGUUUCGUAUUUUGUACUGAUCUAAAAGGUUUUGAUGACACAGUGUUGUUUAAAAUUAACUGGCCUGGAAAGGAUGGAGCUGAACUUUUGGAUAUGCCAGACAGUGAAUCCAUGAUGGUUAUGACAAGUAAAAAGGAGAAAUAUAAGUGUAUUAUACCAACGCCUCAAGAUAAAUCAAAGGAGUCAGAAGACACUUAUGAAGGACCCAAUGCUCUUGAUAUUCUUCAGCCACUAUUCUCACAGUCAUCUUGUACUUAUAGGUUGGAGUCGUACUGGACGUAUGAGGUGUGCCAUGGUCGAUACGUGAGACAGUAUCACGAAGACAGGGAAGUCAGCAAAACAAAGACCCAAGAGUACUUUCUAGGACGCUGGGAUAAGAAUGCUCAGGAAAUACUUAGCAAGGAGCUUGACAGCGGCCUACACUACCCUCCACCAGUGAAAAAGCUGGAGGGUCUCAGUCUACCGUACUUGCAGUUAAACCUCACUGAUGGUACGAUGUGUGACCUUAACGGUAAGCCUCGCCGUACCAACGUGCUCUACGUGUGCUAUGCCAUGGGCAAGCAUGAGAUCUACUCCUUUAAAGAGACCUCGACGUGUGAGUACGAGCUCGUCGUCUUGUCCUCCUUGUUGUGUCAACACCCCAAGUACAAGCCACAGGACACUGGGGAACACCCAAUAAGCUGCUUACCUCUAGAAGGGGCUCCUAAGAAACCAAAGAGUCUGAGGAAGAUUGAGGCUGAGAGUCUCCAACUUCGACAUCAAGGACUUUUGGAACACGAAGCGUUGAAGAAGGUGUUUGCCGUUUUCAGCAUUGAUAAAAUCGAAAAGGAUGGAGAAAGCAGAGUGAGACUUGAACUGAGGGCACUACCAGAGGUAGAGCAAGGAGAGACCCCACCUUCUCCGCCCCUCUCCGUCACUCCCCCGGUAACCACCACCCCCCUCACUGACACCUCCCCUGUGAAAAGCUUCCUUUCUGGCAAUAAUUGCCUACAAGGGGGAUCUGGAUGGUGGAAGUUCGAGUUCUGCUACGGGCGAUCAGUGGACCAAUAUCAUGUAGAGCAGGAUAACUCACGCACAGUGGUACACUUGGGCAUGUUUGAUCGCGCUGCACACAUCGCGUGGCUGGCCAACAACCCACACAAGCGACCCAAGCCCUUGGCCGAGCGCAAGCAGGUCUCACACUACUACGGUAGUGGCAGUAUCUGCGACAAGACUGGACAACCUAGAGAGACUGAGGUGAAGUUGAAGUGCGUGGAGAGCAGCUCGGUAGGUGCGGUCAGCCUCUACCUGAUUGAGCCCCACACCUGCCAGUACAUCCUGGGAGUCGAGAGUCCCAUGGUGUGUCCCAUGCUGGCGUCAGUUGACCAGUUUGGCCUCAUGCCACUGGACGAGGCAGACGAGGCCACCAUCUCGGCAGAUGACGACGAGCACUGAUGCCACAGUCCUCACUCCUCUGAUUAACAUUAUUUAUGAUUCUUUAAUUAUUUUAAAUUCCAAAAGUAAUCAUCAAUGGAUAUUAAAUACUAUAUAAAUAAACAUGAGAAGAUUAAACAUAAAAAUGUUGUUGAUAACACAGUAUUUAUAGAGAAAAAUUAAUAACUUUAAAGUGAAGUUAAUAUAAUAUAAUCAACAAAUUUAUAUCUUAUAAAAGUCUAAUUUAGGUGCGUCUUUCAAAAAGGAUUCCUAAUUUGGGCUGGAUUGAUCUCACAGUUUCAAACUGGUACACAAUAUCAUUAUGUUAUAUAUUAAUUAUCACACUAACAUUCUUCUGUAGCUUAAUAUGAAUACGUUUUUCUCCCUGUAAAAUAAAAUACCCUCAGAGGUGUGGUAAGAUUAUAAUUUGCUGUAGAUUUAUGGUGUGUGGUGAUUGUAUAUUUUCUUUUCCUCUUUAGUUCUUUUUACUUGUGUGUUCUUGAAUUACUUUAGUUAAAUUACAGAUUUAAGACCAUUUUUUUAAAUAGGCGGAAUACAAUAUCCAGAUAUUCCUAUGUAACUUUAAAUGCGUGUCAUGUUUUGACCUUGUUAAUAACUGUUUUAUUAUUUAACAUUGCAUUAAUACAAUCUUAUGCAAAAUUUGUUAUUUUUGUUGUACAUACUUUUUAUAGUUGUAUCAUUCUAUAUCUUGUUUUUCCAUCGAUAGCUCUUCUAACUUGCUUCUCUAUCUUCAGCUCCUAUAAUUAAUAUUUAGAUGCUAAACUGAAAAUUUCAAUUUGCUUUGAUAUGCCAGACUAGUAAUGGCAUAACAACUAGUUUAAAUUGUGUUAAAUAUUGAAAAAUAAUUAAGGUUUCAGUAGUUAAUUUAUUCAAUUUUCAAAUACAAUGCACAAAACUAAACUAAAAAUUAAAUCUCUUUUGAGAAUGACUGGUCUAUUUGUUCCUCCAAAUAAAUGCACAACAUGUCAAAACAAAUUAUAUUCUGUUCACUCAAUAAUCAAUUGUCAAGCAAUGAAUGCUAUUUAUUAAUAAAAAUAGGAUAUUUGUGUAUUUUUUAUAAUCCAAAACCUUGAUUAUGUUAUCUGCACAAUUAUAAUGAUACUUGAAUGUUUUGUGUGUUACAUUAUAAAUCGACUUUUUAUUUCAAUUUUCUCUGUAAUAUCUGUAGUCUUUAUGACAAGCAAACAUGUUCAGCAAAUUUAGCAUUAGUGGACCAAUUAAAAUUGAACAGAAUUAGUAAAUUAUAACAAAGUGCAGUCUACCAUUGCAGUGUUAUAAAAUAACAGCUAAAAUUUAAUCCCAACAGAUGAAAGACUUAGAUGUGUUGGUUUUUCAUAUGAUACCAAAAAAGUCUUAUGCUCUUACAGCUUGACUCCAUCAUUUCCAAAUCCAUCCCAUACAAACACUUUAUAUAAAGUUUUCUAAAUUUACUUUUAACCCUUAGAGUGCCGUAUAUGGAUGUGUGCGCAAUCGUCAGAAUUGCACUAAACGCGGCACACAGAAUAUCAGUAUUGUCUUAUUUUAUUUUAUUGUGUACAUUAUAAUUCACGAAAAUGCUGGGAAUGUGUAGGAAUGUGUAAUUGUAUAGAUUUAUGACAAUUGGAAAACAAAUUAAAUUGCGUGUCACGUGAAAAAUCAAUAAAAAACCAGUGCUAUUUUAUUUACGUUUUGUUUUACAAUUCAAGACAUGGUGUUUGGAUAUAACUGUACAGCAUGCCAGCAUAUACAAUGUAUCUGUGUGUAAAACUGGUAGACCUUUAUAAAAAAAGUUCAUCUUUUUCCAAUUAAUAGGAAAUCAAAUUAACUUCGGCAAAAACAUAUUUGUUUAUCCCAAAAUUCACGCUAAUUGAACGAAGGCCAAAUUAUCUUCAGCACUUUGGGUUAAAUUGUUGCUGUCCUUUGUGAACUGGGUUAUUAUAUAAUACAAAAACACCAAUAUAAGAAAUUUAGAUAAUAUUUUGUACCCCUUGCCUUUGUUACAAAUGUUGUUCCACCAUUAAGUGUAAUUUUGUAUAGUACUUCAUUAAUCUCAUGUAUGUGUAAAAUAAUGUAAGCCAUCUUCUAUGAAUCAUAAUGUUCAGUUGUUUUUUUAACUUAAUAAAUAAAGGUUGUAUUGAGAACACUUUUAAGCCACUAAUUAUGUAUAUACUUGAUCUGUGAUUGUAAAGCAAGUUGUGAACUGUGUGUUUUUGUUAAUUAAAUAUCAAUACGACUUUCCAAACUUUGUAUGAACAUUAUUUUAAUUUUUAUUGUGUUACAGAUUCUGUAUCACCAUUAAAUCUUUCUUUGGUUGAGAAAAUUAUGUUAUGUUAGUUGCCUUUAUAAAGCAUAUCAUGUUUUCAUUGUAAUUUUGUUCUUGUUUGGUUAAAACAUCAUAGAUAAAGUUUUAAAUUUAAGGGUUUUUGCUUAUUAAAUAGAAUUGUUUUUUCAUUUUCAAUUUCCUUUCAUAUGGACAUAAAUCUUAAGAAAAUCAGUACAUUUCUAUAGGUUAUGGACCAACCCUUUUCAGUUUUAAAGAUGCAAUUCUUUUUAUCUAAAGUAAAAUUGUUGUAUUUGCCAAAUUGUAGUUAUGAUUCUCCACAAUUUGUCCAACCAACAUUUAACAUAUUUACACAAAAUCUAAUUUCAAUAAUUGAGGCAGUCUUUGAGUUAGCUUCCAAGGAGUGUGCACAUGCGUUUAGAACCCAUAAUACUUUUUUCAUUUUUAAAAGUUUCAUAGUAUAUACAUGAAAUAAAGAGGUUUGUUUCAUAAAAUUAAAAUCUGUUCAUUGAUCAAAAUCCCUUAAGGAAAGUCACAGUGUUUGAAUGUAUUCCAAUUGUGCUUGAAGACUGUAAAUAUGUGAAGUUGUGUAAUUAAGUUUACUUAUUAGUUAGCUACUACUAUUAGAUUAAGCACGUUUGUAAAUUAAGCACUAUUGUAAAUUGUAUUUUCAUGUGAAAUAAAACAAUAUUAUAAAUCCA